AUGCAUUUGCGAUCGAAUAAAAAUGUUAUGAACAUUGAUACAUUGACAUAUUAUUUACUUUAUAUACCGAUUUUUAAAUAUUAUGGCAUAAUAACAAUUGCAUUAAAUCUAGGAAUCAUACUCAUAUAUGGCAUUGACUUUCAUUUUAAUUUAUCCAUCAUAAUAUCCAUUUUAGUCAUAAGUAUAACCCAAGCCAUUAUUAAAGUAAAUCAGUGGUGCAAAAAAAAUAAUGGUGGUAAAAAUGAAUGGAUACCAUUAAGUAAACGUGAAAAUGUCUCAAUUAAUGUUGUAGUAACGGGAGGAGGUAAUGGGUUAGGCCUAAAAAUAGUUGAAAGUUUGAUAUCAAGAUAUAGUAACAAUAAAACUAUUAGCAACCUAAAUAAUUUAAAAAUGAGCAUUAUUGUAAUAGACAAAGAAAUACCUGUUGGUAUUACGAGUACUAAAAAUUUAUCGGUUGAAGUACAUUAUAUAAAGCAUGAUUUUAAAAAUGCUCCAAAUCAAAACUUAUAUAAAAAAAUAUUGGAAAAAUUUGACAACAGUAACAGCAAUAGUAUCAACGUUUUAAUUAAUAACGCUGCUAUUAGGUAUAAAUUUGAUGAAUUGUACAAUAUUGAAGAUGAUAUAAUUAGAGAAAACUUUCAAGUUAAUGUGUUCAGUCCCGUGAGUUUGAUAAAAAUGUUGAAACCAAAUUAUUUAAUUACGAUAUCUAGCGUUUUAGGACUUAUUGCGCCGAGUAAUUGCUCGGUAUAUGCAGCUACAAAAUCAGCAUUAUUGUCAUUUCAUGAUUCAUGGAUACAUGAAAGACGUGAAAGACGUGGAUUACUAGUUUUGCCUGGUCAAUUGAAGGAUACCGAUAUGUUCAGAAAUAUUACACCACCGAAACCAUUUUUUGCACCAUUAGUUGAUAUUAAUCAAUUAGUUAAUGAAAUACUUUUAAAAUUAGAAAUAGGUGAGUGUGGUGAAUUAUGCAUGCCGCUCUAUGUAAAUUUUAUGAGCAUUUUGAGAUGUUUACCUUAUUUUAUGGUUGAAAUAUUAAGAAAAUUCAGUGGUGUAGAUGAUUGUAAAGAAGAAAAUUUUUAA